UUACAGGGCAUGUCUUAGAGAGGUGAGAAGGCGUACUUCUGCGGUACAAACAGUUGUACAAUUCUACUGCUGUGCUGCUGUGCUGUACCAGCAAGAGAUAAUUAGCCAACGGCCACGGGCUACAGGCUACUCCAUAUCUUGUUGCCUCGCUCCGCUUCCCCCUCGCCGCCGGCGCGCCUCCGGCGACGUCUCCGCCCGGGGAGAAUGCUGCCCCACGCGCCAUCCCGGCACCUGGGCGCCGCCAAGUUCAAACCCCUCCUCCCCGCCAAACCGCCACUCUCUCCCGCGUCCUCCUCCCGCGGCACCCUCUGCGCCGCGGCCGCCUCCCGCCGCGACUUCCUCCUGCUCGUCCCGUCCCUGGCCGCGGCGUCCACGGCCCUCCAGUACCUCCCGCUCGCGGCCUCCGCCGCGGACGACGAGAAGCCGGCCCCGACACCGCCGCCCGUUCCGGCCGCAGCACCGGCCCCGACACCUGCUGCGGAGUCGGAAGGGGAGGCGCUGUCGAGGAUGUACGACGCCACGGUCAUCGGCGAGCCGCAGGCCGUGGGGAAGGACGCGCGCGGGAGGGUGUGGGAGAAGCUCAUGGCCGCGCGGGUCGUCUACCUCGGGGAGGCCGAGCUCGUGCCCGACCGCGACGACCGGCUGCUCGAGCUCGAGAUCGUCCGGAAGCUGGCCGCUCGCUGCGCGGACGCCGGGAGGACCCUCUCCCUCUCGCUCGAGGCCUUCCCCUGCGACCUCCAGGAGCAGCUCAACCAGUUCAUGGAUGGGAGAAUUGACGGCAACAACUUAAGGUUGUACACAUCUCAAUGGGCACCGGAGCGCUGGCAGGAGUAUGAACCUCUUUUAAACUACUGCCGUGAUAAUGGAAUCAAGCUUAUUGCAUGUGGAACUCCGCUUGAGGUGGUAAGAACUGUCCAAGCAGAAGGAAUCAAAGGCCUUUCAAAAGAGCAGAGGAAGUUGUAUGCUCCUCCAGCUGGCUCAGGCUUCAUUUCUGGCUUUACAUCCAUCUCAGGCCGAUCAUUGAUAGACAAGACGUCAUCCUCUCGUGUCUCUCCUUUUGGUCCUAGCUCAUAUCUAUCUGCACAGGCAAGAGUAGUUGAUGAUUAUACCAUGUCCCAAAUAAUAAUGAAGGAAAUUAGUACUGGAGAUCCUUCAGGGAUGCUCGUUGUUGUAACUGGUGCAAGCCAUGUUAUGUAUGGGUCACGAGGAAUUGGUGUUCCUGCCAGAAUAUCUAAAAAGAUGCAAAAGAAAAAGCAAGUUGUGAUCCUUCUUGAUCCUGAGAGGCAAGGUAUAAGGCGAGAAGGUGAAAUCCCCGUAGCGGAUUUAUUGUGGUAUUCUGCUGCCAAGCCAUGCAGUCGAAAUUGCUUUGACCGUGCUGAAAUCGCUAGAGUUAUGAAUGCAGCUGGUAGGAGGCGUGAAGCUCUGCCCCAGGAUAUUCAGAAAGGAAUAGAUCUUGGUGUAGUUUCUCCUGAGAUAUUGCAGAACUUUUUUGACCUUGAGAAAUAUCCUGUUGUGGAUGAAUUGAUUCACCGAUUCCAAGGUUUCCGUGAAAGGUUACUGGCAGAUCCCCAAUUCUUGAAUAGAUUAGCUAUCGAAGAGGGUAUAUCAAUAACUACAGCUGUCCUGGCACAAUAUGAAAAACGGAAAGGACGGUUUUUUGAAGAGAUCGACUAUGUCCUUACUGAUACAAUUAGAGGUUCUGUUGUUGACUUUUUUACAGUCUGGCUUCCUGCUCCUACUAUUUCGCUCUUAUCUAUUGCUGACAAUGGUUCUGGUGAGAGCUUGGAGCUUGUCAGAGGAUUGUUAGGGUCACUGCCAGAUAAUGCAUUUCAAAAGGGUAUCGUGGGCCAGAAUUGGGACAUGAAUCAGAGAUUUGCAUCGGUACUAGUGGGUGGUUUGAAACUUGCUGGUGUUGGAUUUGUUUCCAGUAUUGGAGCUGGAGUUGCUUCGGAUGUUUUGUAUGCUGCUCGUCGAUUUUUGAGUCCUACAAGUAUAGAGGCAGAACGCCCAAGAGCUCCCAUUUGGAAAGCAGCGUCUGUGUAUAGUGGCUUCCUUGGAACAUCAGCGAAUCUGCGGUAUCAGGUCAUUGCUGGUCUAGUGGAGCAUCGGCUUGGAGAGUAUCUUGUGUCAUACUAUAAUCAGCCAUUUCUUGCUAAUGUGCUGUCCUUUGUUGCACGGAUAAUCAAUUCAUACUUUGGAACACAGCAAUGGAUUGAUCUUGCACGAUCUACAGGCAUCCAAACUAGCGAGGAAGAGCCACCUUCUCCUGGCACUCUCAUCUCAUCAGAAAUACCAGUGUUAGAAUGUGGCACGGCAGAAGUACCAAGUACAGACGAUAUUAAUAAGAACCAAUCAGGUGAGCAGACAUAGCCAAAAGGCUAUUGGCUGUGGGCAUCCAACUCAAGGAACAGUCUCCAUCUUAUGUUACAUCACAUACAGUACAGGCAUAUAGACACACAAGGUGUUCGUACAGCAAGACUGAAUCCCAACCACAUUGCAUUGUUUUUCGGGAAGGAAAACAUGAAAUUUUGAAGAGCAGAGUUUUCAUUUGAGCAUUCUUUUCUUGCGGCUAAAAGGACUUCUUCUACACAUCUCUGGAGUGAGUAAAUAUAUUGUGUACAUCAUCAGGAAACAGUCAGAUUCUGAAACACACACACACCCCAUUUAGACUCUUGAUAUAAUCUUGGAUUGGCAUUUGGUAACAUAAGUUGAGUUUCCAUGAGAAAAAAUUUCCCACCUUGUUUGGCAGCCAUGAGUUGUAUUUGAUCAAAUGAGUUGAAUUCAAGUACAAUUUUUACCAUAACUGGAACUGGUAGAAAUUGGUAUCUCCAUUUUUUGUGUUUAGUGUCAUCUGGAACUGUCGAUACUUGUUUACACCAGUGACUGGUGAGA